CCUAAAGCGGCCACCUUUUCCUAGCAAAACCUUGGAGGGGUUGAAGAACAAGAGCUCAGCAUUUGCCGAUUUUCGAGCGCACGCCGAGUAGCGCUUCGAGCAGCCUUGGGUCAAAACAGGGCGAUUCAGACUUUAAGCGAAUGCAGGGGCCAGUGGGGGUCACGGACUGCGGGCCAGGGGCGGGACCGGCCCCACAAGUCGAGAGGCAAGGAGGAAUCAGGAGCCGCAGGUUAGGAAGUGUGACCCUGGCGACCCCAAACGCCCCCGCCUCCUCUCUUGUUCCUCCACCUGCCAGCGGAGCGCCCAGAGCCGGCGGCGGAGGCGAUGGCCAGCCCCGCUCCCCUAGUUUGCCCCCAUCAGCCACCAAUGGUGGCUUUGCAGACUCUGCAGCUGUUGCAGCAGGAGUGGGGCUGGGGGGACGGUCCGGGCGCGCCCAGGGAGCCCGCGGGACCCGGAUCAUGUGUCUAUCGCCUCAGUGCUCGCUCAGGCCCGCUGCGGGCCCGGCCCGGGCUUGGGCGCGAGGAAGGCGGCGGGCAGGCGGUUUCAGGAAUGGGGGGUCCGGGGCGCAGGGCGAGCUCCCCCGAGGUAGAGGUGGUGCGAGGCGCAGAGGGGGGAGCGGAGCUGCUGCCCUUCCCCCGGGGCCGCGGGCCCUGCACCCUGGCCCGGAUGGCGAUGCGUAGUGCGCUGGCCCGCGUGGUGGACUCGACCUCGGAGCUGGUCAGCGUGGAACAGACGCUGCUGGGCCCCCUCCAGCAGGAGCGGUCCUUCCCCAUCCACCUGAAGGAUAGCGUUGAGUUUAGAAACAUCUGCAGUCAUUUGGCUCUACAAAUUGAAGGACAGCAGUUUGACAGAGAUUUGAAUGCUGCCCACCAGUGUUUGAAGACAAUAGUCAAGAAGCUGAUUCAGUCACUUGCUAACCUUCCUUCCGAUGCUCACGUGGUAGCCUGUGCUUCCUUGAGACAGAUCUUACAGAAUCUCCCAGACAUAUGAGUUUUCAAGACAAUCAAAACCACAGCUUAGCACUGCUAAGAGAACUGGGGACUUUACCUUCCUAAUUUAAUCAGCAGACAAUGAGUGUUUCUAUUCUCACUAAGGAGGUACUUGAUAACAUAUAGGGCAGUCUGACCAGUGAGUGGCGUCUGUACCCUUCAGAAUUAUAGCAUGUUGGUGAAAAAAAUUUUAAAACAGUACUUCACAUUUUUAAAUAUGUUGAUAUAUUUGCUGACUUUUUGAUUGAAAUAUAUUCUACUCUGUGGAACUGAUUGGAGUCUAUAUGUGUAUAUAUAUUUAUUAAUUCAUAUUAAAUGUUAGUUUUAAUUGAAUGAUUCAUGACUCUAUAUUCACAUUAAUGGAGGCCUAUGAGGUUUAAUAUGGUUAUUUAUAUGAUUAAAGCUCCAGGGUUCUUAAAAUUAUCUUGAAUAAAUGGGAUAUUUGAUAAUUGAUAUGUUCUACUUACCGAGUACUUCAUUUUUUGUUGUGAAAAUGAUUUCUAGCUGUUGUAGGACUACAUGUGUCAGUAAUUAUGAGUUCUAAUCCUGGCAUUAAUAACUUGUUGGGCAGGAGAAGAGCUGCUUCUAAGCCUUGUGCUUUCAUAUAUUGAUUUGUAAAUUUAAAAUCAUAAUGAACUAUGAAGUACCAAGGAUAUAUGAUAUGUAAAUACAAAGUACAGUGUUAUUAAAGUCAUGUGGAAACAUCUAGCCCUUCUUACUGUUCCUAAAUACUCCAGUUGAAGUAGGAAAUUCUUGUGAAAGAAAAGGAGGGAGUGGAUACACUGGCAGGUUUCCCUAAAUAUUUAGAGCUAGGAAAAGAGAGGGUAACGUUUUUCGCAACAAUAAUCUGCACAUGCUGAGGAAAAACUAAAUUUCCUGUUGUUUAAUGAUGACUGUGUUGAGAGCCAAAGUCAAUUGAAAUGCUACCUUUCCCUUAAAAUGUUAACAUAAACGACCUCAGAUUCAGGGAAAAAAAGAGUAUAGUGUAGAUGUGCAGCUUGUUUUCGAAGGGAAUUAUAAACUGGGUCCGUAUGGUGAUAGUAUAUCUGCAAAAUAAAAUGUUA